ACUCCAUGCGGCAGACCGUGGAAGCAGUAAGCCUCCAGACUUGAUCACUGAAACUUGGGGUGACAAUGGUGAGGCGCGGAGUCCUGCAUCUUUCAAUUGGUGGAAAAUCUGGUCAUGCACGCCGUUACGGCUAGCGGUCAGGCUGGAUUCCGCGACUGCGGUUGCUUGGCCUUCUCCGUCGUCCCUGAACUCGCGCCUCCGCUGUGAUGUGGAGGAAGAUGUGGAGAGCUGCACUGAAGACUUCAGCCGUGACGCCGGCUAAACUGGAGACGUUCGGCAUUUGACAUCUUUCGACUCAGUCCUCCUGCUGUUGCAUGCUUGACAUGACGGGUCGAUACAUCAGCGAUGCAGUGUCCCUAAUCGCUAUUGUGACUUGCCCGGCGUCUGAUGGCAUUCUGCUGUAGCCAUGAUGUUGAACCAAGGAGCGAUCGCAACAUUAUCCGGACGAUCGUCGCCGAGUGCAAGCAAAGGCCGACUUCACACGGUCGAUGGAAAUCAUGGUCAUCGAGCACAAAGUGUGAAGUACGCAGUGCAAAGAGGGAUUGUUUACGACAAGCGAACGUCAACGAAGCGCCCCGUGAUAUCGUGUUGGAUGCCGCCCGUACCGAGCCACUGCCCACAUGCCGGCUCACCAAUGUGCACAUCCGGGUGCCAAUACCAUCCUUCGCCGAUGCCGAUGACUGCCCAUGAUACCGGCUUGAAUCAUGGUUUCCAUGUCUCACAAAUUCCAGGCUCGCAGUCGCGUUGCGGUAUUUACUCCGGUCACGCAAAUGUCUCACUGUUUGACCGCUCGUACGGCGCCCUUUAUCGCUUCGGUAGCUUAAUGGCCGCAAUCUCGCUGGGCCACUCCAUGGUAGACCGCCAUGUUGAUAUGGCCAUCUCGGAGGCCAAUACUCUUCACCCUACACCAGCCGCUCACUGCUCGUCUUCAAGCCACUCCGGCAGCGUAUCCUUGGUUUCUUCAUACCUUGCGCCUCGGAAGCGGUACGUUUUCUUGUUCGGAGAUGUUACCGCAGAUUGCUUGUCCGCUGCAAUCUUCUUCUGCCGCGGCGAGGUCAAGAUGUUGUUCGGCGUCGCAAUAUAGCCCUCCAUGUGCCUCCAAACGUACGAGAUCGCUGCCGGUAGCUCAGCUCGAGACGAGAAGCGCUCGUGAAGUUGACUCUUCUUCGCUGAAUCAGCGUAGACGUAGGAGACAAAGGCCGUCGCAUGCAUCUUCGAUGUUGAUUCGAACAGAUCAGUGACUGUGGAAUCAUCAUACUGCACUCCAUCACACCGCCCACCCGGUCUAACUGCCCAGCUUGAGUCCUGAUCUUCGUCCGCCGGCGUAAGU